GUGACCGUCUUCUGAGUGGCCAGCGUAUGGGCGGUAUCUGCUUCUCGCUAUUUUGAUCGUCUUGGGCUCGUCCACCGCUCCCAUCCCGGUCUCUUCCCCACUUGUUAAAGCUCCUUUGCUUUCCUACGAAAUACAGCAUGGUCCCUCGAUUCCACCCCCAACUGCUCGAGCAAGACACACCUCACCGCUCGAGCCAGCAGAGCUCCUACAAAAGUCUCACCGCUUGAGCCCUCUUACCCUCCGCACAACCCCAUACGCCCCCAUGGCCUCCAGAAAUGCAUCGUCGCGGCCUCAGCCCCAAUCGACCCGCAAAUCCCAAAUAGUAGGAAGACGUCAAGUCGAGGCUCUCAUUGCUAAUGGGCAUUCCAUUGUCAUAGUUGACAGUAAAGUCUUGAAGGUGGACGCAUGGAUACCAUAUCACCCUGGCGGAGACAAAGCCAUUGCGCAUAUGGUCGGACGGGAUGCUACGGAUGAGGUUGAUCGCUUCCACUCCAAGGAAACCAGAGCAGGCAUGGAACAAUAUCAGAUUGGCCGCGUCGAGGGAUUAUGGGUCAACUUUCUCCCUCCCAUCCAAGGCGGGAAAUUCAGGACUCUGGAAAAAUCGGACCUUGUGGAGCACGACAGUGCUUUAGAAGUCACAUCUGAGCAAGAUACCUCAAGCACACCAUCGUCUGCGGACUCAUCCCCGAUAUUCGACCCAGCCGAUCAGCCGUCAGCUUCAGUUCGGCGACGAAAUGUUGGCGACAUCCGUAUGAGCCGAACGUCCUCAACUUCUUCGAUCUCUUCCACCGGUUUGGACGACAGCGCGCAGAAGCCAACGAUGUCGGUCAUGGAUGCUCGCACGCAACGAGAAAUUGACCUUGACAAGUCCCUAUACCCCUCAUUAGACCCAGCCACCCAGGCAGAUGUUGUCGAAAAAUACCGAAAGCUGGAAAAGCGGAUUGAAGCGGAGAACCUCUAUCAAUGUCGAUACUCUUCUUACGCCAUUGAAGGUGUUCGAUACAUCCUCUUUUUCUCCCUAUUCGUCCUUUUUCUCAGUUGGGGCUGGUACAUACCAAGUGCUUUUUUCCUUGGUACCCUAUGGCAUCAACUAUCCUUCACUGUCCAUGAUGCAGGUCACGCGGGCAUCACUCACAACUUCACGGCCGACACAGUCAUCGGCAUGCUCAUUGCAGACUACUGCGGCGGACUCAGCAUAGGAUGGUGGAAGUUCAACCACAACGUUCACCAUUUAGUGACGAACUCGACCGAACACGACCCCGAUAUCCAGCACAUGCCGUUCUUUGCAAUAUCGCAUAAAUUCUUUGGGUCGCUGACCUCAAGCUAUUACGAAAGAAUCAUGACGUAUGACGCAUUUGCCAAAUUUAUGAUUAGAUAUCAAGACUACCUCUACUACCUCAUCCUUUCCUUCGGACGCUUCAACCUCUACAGACUCAGCUGGCUAUAUCUGCUAUCCGGCCAAGGACCUCGCAAGGGUAAAGCUUGGUGGCAUCGCUAUUUCGAGAUAGUGGGCCAGGUAUUCUUUUGGACUUGGUACGGGUAUAUUGUUGUAUACAAGACUAUCCCCGGCGGAUGGAACAAGCUCGCAUUUGUCAUGAUCAGCCACAUGAUCACGAUGCCGCUACAUUGUCAGAUUACGCUCAGUCACUUCGCCAUGAGCACGGCCGACCUGGGAACCACCGAAUCCUUCCCGCAGAAGAUGCUGAGGACAACCAUGGACGUAGAUUGCCCACAGUGGCUAGACUUCUUCCAUGGAGGCCUUCAAUACCAGGCGAUCCACCACCUAUUCCCCCGAAUGCCUCGCCACAACCUUAGGCGCACCCAGGAAUUGGUGCGGGAGUUCUGCAAAGAGGCAAAUAUCCCCUAUGCGACGUAUGGUUUUAUCGACGGAAACAAGGUCGUUAUUGGGAAGUUAGGCGAUGUCAGUCGACAGGCUGCUAUCCUAGCUGAGUGCCAGCGCACAAUUGCUAGAGGGGAUCACUGAUGGAAGUGUGUGAAUGAAUGUCGACAUGGUGCUGAGAGAAAUCUUGACUUGGGCAUGAUUUACUGCCAACCAAGUCAUAUCAAUCUUAGCCAGUGCAAAGUAAGAGGUAGAAGUCUAAAUUCUUCAAAUAAAUUCAAUGGUCUAAAAGUCCCGGGCCGCUCCCGUGGUAGAAGUGUAUCUGCAUGUAGUUACUGUGUGAUUCCGUCUCUCACCUCACCCGCAUUAUAAGCCUUCGCUACCUCUCU